CAGCAGUGUUCGAGUUGAUACAACUAGUUCCCCCAGAAGAUAAACACUGGCUCGAAGCAGUGGGAGAAACGCUGUCUACCUAUGAUGAAAAUACACGAGAUUUCAUGUUCCCGGGUCCAAACCAAAUUUCUGGACACCAUGAUUCAAACCGCCAGGUUACCAUGAGGAGGAUUUCUGGCCUUCGAGGAAUUGCUCCAAAACUGGAAUUUUCUACAACUUCAGUGAUCACUGAAUGUCUGAUAAGUUCAAGGAAGUGCCACACUCAGGAUAAAUUUACUUACCAUUCGGCUCCAGUUGAAAAAUCCCACGACAGAAUGCAAUGCAGAACAUCAAGAUCACAAAAGAAAAAGUCCAAGCCACCUGAAAGAAGUAAAUAUUGCAUAAAUGCAAAAAACUAUGAACAACCUACAAUUUCUUCAAAGUCACACUCUCCAUCUCCCUACACAAAAAGACGUAUGUGUGAGCUCUCUGAAGACACCAGGCAGCGGCUGGCCCAUUUAAAUUUGGGGCCCUAUGAAUUCAAAAAAGAAACAGAUAAGCCUCCAUUUGUGAUAAGACAUGUUGAUCCCCCAAGUCCCAGGGCUAAUAAUUUAUUUGGACCAUCAGGCAGAGACUGUGAAAGAGAUGGAUGGUCCAGGAUGCACAAUGAUCAUGUUCAUCUCAGCUGUUGCAGACCCAAGGAUUAUAAGGUUAUUAGGAUACCACAUGGGAGAUACUUUGACGAUUCUUUAGACAGGUGUGAAGAAUAUUUGAGCCCAAGGUCAUGUAACAAGCCCCAGCGUUCUGCGAGGAACUUACUAGUCCAUUCAGCACCCUCAACAGCGCGAAAGCAUUGUCCAAGCCCUGUGCUAAAUAGAGCGUCUCUCAGGGAAAGGUUCCAUUCUGAUCUGUGUUCACCUUCAAACUGCGAUGAGAUUCAUGACCGGGUAAAGGAUGUCUUGAAAUCACAUCAGGCUCAUCCAAGACAUUUAUGUGUUAGUUUCUAAAAUUUUCUCCUGAAGGUUUUUAAAU